CAGUCACCGGUUCUUCUUCCGGCCCGCCGCCACCUCGUCCGAAUCCCAUGGCCUCCGGCGAUGGCCUUCCGCGUAUGCAUCGGCUGGCCGUUUCGCUCCGCCUCCCUCCGCAGACGACGACGAAGAGCACUACAUCGUCGCAAUGGACACUACGGUGCUACGGCGGCCGACGUGACAUGUGAGGCGUGGAGAGGUGAUGCAAGCUUCGUGUAUGCAAGCUGCUUGACAAAAUGCCACGCCUACGAUCGAAGUAGUCGGGGGUGGGAGAGGAUGACGAUUGCCAUGGGUGACCACAGCGUGUGGUGCGUCGUCUUGUGCGUGACAAAAGGGUUUGUCUCCAAUGUACAAAAGUCAGAUGGAUUGAUCCUGGUAUCGGUAUCCAUCAGGAUGGUGACAGCGACUAGUGGGCGGGGCGGUGGUAGCAGCCGCGGUCGAGGACAAAGGGAUGUCUUGGGUGCAAGAAAGAUCCAGGCAAGGGAACCAUUUGCAGCUUACAUUGUUAUACUCGAUGUGGCCUGGAUCCGAAAACUUCUGCUAAUGGAUGACUUGGAGGUUUGCAUGAUGGAAAGGAACUACCGCGAAUGAAACCAUUGACGAAGUCACAAAACCAAGAGAGGUAUUUUAUUUGUUGCAUGAAUGAGUUGCUGUCUUCCUGCGUUCAUGGUACAAUUAUUUCUCAGACAGUAAGAAGCAAUGGUGAUGUUCAAUUAAAGAUUAAGGCAACAACUCCAACAAAAAUAGAAGACCAAGGCAAAUACCAAAUCAAGGUCAAAGUCUCUGCAGGCGUUAUUGCAUAUAUAAAAGUAUAUGAUCAGUAUUGUAUCGCAACUUGCAUUUAUUUAUCUGCAGAGACAAGACGUCCUAGUACACAGCUUACUUACAUGAUGCCCCAACAAGUGCGGUGAUGUGCUCAUCCCGUACCCCUUUGGCAUUGGCGAGCACUGCGCCGCUACCAGCUUGAGCAGCUAUUUCAACCUCAUCUGCAACAGCACGAUCAAUCCGCCGAGGCCAAUGGUUGGGGAUAACGACACAGAAGUUGAGAUCGCCGACAUCUCACUGGAGCAUGGUGAGAUGCGUGUGCUCAGCCCUGUCAACCACAUCUGCUUCACUUCAAACACAACAUUCACCAAGUUCGUCGGAGGGUACGAGCUGGAGCCCACGCCCUUCCUCCCUUCCCCGUCGCGCAACCGCUUCACGGUCAUCGGCUGCAACACCCUGGGCCUCAUCGGCGGUUUCAAGGGCGCCUCAAGCCAGUACGUAGCUGGCUGCUACUCCUUCUGUGACGGUGUCAACAACACGUCUGAUGGCGCGCCAUGUGCUGGGAUGGGCUGCUGUGAAGCUGCCAUCCCUGCCAACCUUACCUCCUAUGGCGUCAUGUUUGAGAUGAACCAGAGCAAGGUAUGGGGCUUCAACCCGUGCUUCUACGCCAUGGUCGCCGAGGUUGGUUGGUACAACUUCAGGCAGCAGGACCUCUUUGGCAUCCUUGGUUUUAUCAAUGAUCGAGCCCAGAGGGGUGCCCCGAUUGUCGCUGACUGGGCCAUUAGAAAUGGCUCAUGCCCAGAGAAGGGAAAGGACAGACCUAAUGACUAUGCUUGCGUCAGUGUAAACAGCUAUUGCAUCGCUGCAAACAAUGGUCCAGGGUACUUAUGCCAGUGCUCCAAAGGAUAUGAAGGCAAUCCUUACCUUCUGAAUGGAUGCCAAGACAUAGAUGAGUGCACAUUGCGUAAGCAAGACCCGAAGUAUGAAGAUUUAUAUCCGUGCACAAAAGGGGUCUGCCAUAACACACCUGGAAGCUACUUAUGCAAAUGCAAGAGAGGAACACGACCUGAUGGUACAAAUUAUGGAUGCAAAUCUCGGUAUUCUCCGGCUGACAAAUUGGUUAUUGGCCUCAGUGUUUCGGCAACUGUUGUGAUGGCCUUAGCAUGCAUAUUGCUCAUGCAAUUUCAAAGAAAAAGGCACAAGAGGGAGAAAGAUGAGUAUUUCAAACAAAAUGGAGGUCUCAAAUUAUAUGAUGAGAUGAGGUCAAGGCAGGUCGACACAAUUCGUAUACUUACAGAAAAGCAGAUAAAGAGAGCCACCGACAACUACGAUGAAGAUCGAAUUAUUGGACGUGGUGGUCAUGGGAUGGUCUAUAGAGGAACUUUGGAUGAUCAAAAAGAGGCUGCCAUAAAGAAGUCUAAAGUUAUCAGCGAAGAUUGGAGGGAAGAAUUUGUCAAUGAGAUAAUAAUCUUGUCACAAAUCAACCACCGUAACAUUGUCAGGUUACUAGGCUGUUGUCUGGAUGUGGAUGUCCCGAUGUUGGUCUACGAGUUUGUCCCUGGUGGUACUUUAUCCGAGUUUCUUCACGGUGCUGAUCAUAUAUCUCCAAUCCCCUUGGACCUUCGCCUGAAGAUGGCCACACAAUCAGCAGAAGCUCUAGCUUACUUGCAUUCAUCGACAUCCCGAACGAUCAUACACGGGGAUGUGAAAUCUGCCAACAUUCUGCUGGAUGAUCAGCUCGACGCGAAGGUUGCAGAUUUUGGAGCAUCAGCACUGAAAUCCAUGGACGAAACUGAGUUCAUCAUGUUUGUACAUGGAACACUUGGCUACCUCGACCCUGAGUGUUUUAUCAGCCAUCAUCUGACUGACAAAAGCGACGUAUACAGCUUUGGGGUGGUUCUUGUGGAGCUGAUGACAAGAAAGAGGGCUAUAUACACCGACAACUUCAAUGGAAAGGAAUCAUUGUCCUUUAGUUUUCCCUUGAUGUUUCACCAGAAGAGGCACCAAAUCAUGCUGGACCUUGAUAUUAUCGACGAUGCAGUAAUGGUGGUGCUCGAGGACAUGGCCGAGCUCGCAGUGCACUGCCUUAGCCCGAGAGGCUGUGACAGGCCAACAAUGAAGGAAGUUGCAGAGCGACUACAGGUGAUGAGGAGACUCCAACUGCACGCGACUAGUGCUCAUGAAAACAAAGACUAUGCACAUCACUAUGGAGGAUCAUUAUGGGUGGCAGAUCCUUUAGAGGAGACUACACACGGCAGUAUCGGUAUGUCAGAACUGGUCGAAGAACUUGCAAGAUGAUGUUUGUCUGCACUGCCAAUUAUUUUCUUUAGGCGAGAGAAAUCGGCGGAUACGCCAUUGUUUCUUCCAUGAAAACACACACGCUUCACUGCUCCCAUCAUGAUCUCUGAAGAUAUAUAUUAAGGUCCAUAUCCUGAACUCUGAAGAUAUAUUUUGCAGUAAUGCAACAGGACGUUUGCAACGCAUCCAGGAGGACACGGCCGCUUGCUGAAGCCUCCCGCCAUCGUCGUUUCAGCCUCAGGGUUCCCUGCGGCUGCCGCCUCGGCUUGGCUGGUGGCCUGAUGAUGUCGGCAAGGGACUGCGGCUCACCGGAGCAGUGGACUGGAGAACGGGUGGAAACAAACGUGGAGGCUUAUCUUGACUUCUAAAGCGUAUUUUCUUUUGACGCUUUGGUCUUUCCCUUUGCUGUUUCAUUUAAACAGACACUUCAGUUCCUUUUGCUUUGCUGUUCACUUGUUCAGCAAAGAUAAUGAUUUUCAGAUAUUAGGAACUCUCUCUCAUUGACGAGUAUACAUAUCAAAAUAUAUAUACUCGUAUUAUUAUUCACUUGUCCUGCCUUUUGACAGACUUGUUCUGUUUGCCCCGUUUCAGUUUUACCAAGGGGCCACAGUAACAUAUUUAUUUGGGUCUGUAGCAAAAUGAAUUGCACUUGGUAUCUUGAGCUCCACAGAAUUGUGAUACCUAUCUAGGAACAGUAUUGAUACUGUAUGUAGGCCAGUUCCCUGUACACAUACGUACAGACACAUGAGGAGCAACAGCAACAGCAUCCAUCUGGGUCUGGGACCAGAAGAAAGCAACAUGCUGCGUUGCCAUGGUGGACCAGCAGCAAGCAGCCAUGGCAAUGGCGUCUGUCAGUGUCCUCCAUUGAUCUUUGUGGGGGCCUCCCUCAACCGUGUGAUCCGUCCGGAGACUGUAGCAAUGUAGCAUCGUCCUCACUGCCUUUCUUCUUCACUUAAAGGCAGAUCUGGUGUCCCCAUGCUAUGCAUUCUCUGUAGUCUGUUGUUGCUGACCAACAAAUGGACCGAUCGAGCUCUCAUUAAUGUCUAUCCUGCACCUGGAACUGAUUAAUUAAGCUCUACUGUACUUGGCAUUAGUAGCUCAAAUUCUGCAUCACUUCAAUUAAUAUGAGAUAAUGAGACAGAGACCUAAAGAGAGACGAGGCACUUUUGGUCUAAAAGGGUGCUUUACACAUGUGAUGAUGCAAAAGAAAA